AUGUUGGAAGGCCUGGUCGCCAACCUGCUCAACCGGUUUCUGGGCAUAUACGUUAAGAACUUCGAUGCCAAGCAGCUAAACAUCGGUAUCUGGUCUGGAGAUGUCAAGCUUCGGAACCUGGAGCUGCGCCGGGAAGCUCUUGAUCAAUUACAUCUCCCGCUCAACGUCGUCGAAGGCCAUGUUGGCGAGCUCACAUUGUCAAUACCAUGGUCGAAUUUGCGGGGGAAGCCGGUCAAGGUCGAUAUCGAGGAUGUAUUCCUGCUCGCGGCGCCGAAAGAGGACGUAGAUUACGAUCCGGAGGAAGAGGAGAGGCGCGCAAAUGCAAUUAAAAUGGAUAAGAUCGAAAGCGCGGAGAUUCUCAGAGAGCGCAACGCGGAAGGGAUGAGCCAGGAAGAACAACGGCGCAAUCAGAGUUUCACCCAGAGCCUUGUCACUGCAGUUAUCGACAAUCUUCAGAUUUCUAUCAAAAACGUGCAUUUCCGUUACGAAGACUCGAUAGCCUCCCCAGGUCACCCAUUCGCUGUCGGUUUCACAUUGAAGGAGCUGAGUGCUGUGAGCACAGACUCAGAAUGGAAACCUACUUUCAUCCAGUCAACUUCGGGUACGACACACAAGAUGGCUAUUUUGGGUGCGCUUUCUGUGUACUGGAACACAGACGCCGAUCUUCUUGGAACAGGUCGCGGCUCAGACAUCGGCGCAGAGGCACAGGGCAUCGAUCAUGCGGAGCUCUUGGAGAGGUUGAGGUCGGGCAUCGACAAUGAGGACGGGAAUCAAUUCAUUCUGCGACCAGUCAGUGGACGCGCUGGUCUAGAGAUGGAUAAAACCGGAAGUCAUGAGCGACCGGCCGUCAAUGCGAGGCUAUUGUUUGACGAGAUUGGGUUCGUUCUGGAUGAUGAACAGUACCGGGAUGGACUAAUGCUUGUCGACCUCUUCCACUGCUACAUUCGCCAUCAAGAAUACAAAAAACUGCAGCCGAAAUCGAAACCGAAGGAGGAUCCCAGAGCCUGGUUCAGAUAUGCGGGAGAAGCAGUGCUGAGUAAAAUCCAUGAUCGGAACAGGCAAUGGACGUGGGAUUACAUCAGAGAACGGAGAGACGAUCGGAUCGCGUACAUCGACCUCUUCAAGAAGAAAAAGCGGGAAGAGGUAAUGGCACCAGAGGAUACUGAAGAGUUCAACCGACUGGAAAGGAAGCUGAGUUAUGAGGAUAUCCGAUUCUGGCGCUCUCUGGCGAGAAAUCAACUACGGAAGGAAAACGUAGGUGUCAAGAAGCCCGCACGACAGCAGACUUGGUCUGAAUGGAUAUGGGGGUCUAAGAAAGAGGAUUCGGAGGAAACUGCCAUGACAGAGGAGCAGCGGCAAGAGCUCUACAGCGCCAUCGAUUGGGACGAAAAGAAAACAAUCACAGAAAGCGUCGAUGUUCCUCGAGAGUGGGUCAAACUCCAAGUGAACGCCGGUCUGAAAGCCGGAAGUCUGACUCUGGUGCGCGGUCCCCAUGGGGCUGCAAAUGAGAUCAUGAAGUUUGUGUUCGACAACUUCAGGGCCAAAGCAUUGCAACGCCCGGAUUCUUUAUUUUUGGACCUUGAUCUUGGGGGCUUGAGAGUAUACGAUGGAACAACCGAAGGCACUCUGUAUCCGCAGAUUGUGAAAGUGAAGGACUCACUUCCAGAGCCGAAGCAUCGCUUGUCACAGAUAUCCAGCAGUGAAGAGUUUGACUCUGAGGAGGGCGCUGAAGAGCUGGAAGAUGAAGAUAGCUUGUUCCAUCUGCAGCUUGAGCAGAAUCCCCUGGAAAGCGACGCCGAUUCAGCUGUCAAAGUAAAGCUGAAAAGUAUCGAGGUCAUCUACAACCCUAGGUUUAUUGUGGAGAUUACGAGAUUCUUCAGACCACCUGAGCGGCACAUGGAAUCCAUUGGCGCCAUCCUUGAUUCCGCCGGUGCAACCGUGGAAGGAAUUCGACAGCAAACCCGCGCAGGUUUGGAGUUCGCUUUGCAGGAGCAUAAGAAGGUCGAUGCGCAGUUUGAUGUCCACGCUCCUUUAAUCAUCGUUCCAGAAAGUAUCACCCAGGAAAGCUCACUGUGCCUGAUUGUCGAUGCCGGUCAUGCUAGCGUCAAUAGUGAACUAGUGGACAGGCAGACGAUGAGGGAUCUUCAGUCAAAGCAGAAGCGACAGUAUGAUACGGGCGAUUAUAAAGAGCUGGAACACCUGCUUUACGACAGGUUCUUGAUAAAGCUUGACUCCACACAAGUCGUUAUAGGUCCCGGGAUUGAAGCCACCAAAGCCCAGCUUGGGCCGGAUGUCGAGUCGAAAAACCUACACAUCAUUGACCGCAUCAAUGUCGAUUUCGUCUUAGAAAUGUGCAUCGUGCCAAAACUGACUGAACUAACGCGAACGCGGAUAUCAGGCCAUCUUCCCGAGCUUCAUGCGUCAAUGUCGGACACUAAAUACAAGGGGCUAAUGAAACUAAUCGACAUCGCCAUUCCGCGCUUUGAUGAUGAAGUACAGGAGACGAGCCCCCCCAAGAGUAAACAGGGAACGUCCAUAAGUAACACUCGGGCCAGAUCUUCCUCUUUUCAACCGUUCAGCCAAAGAGAACUUCCCGUUGUGGACGACGAAGAGACGGAUACUGAAGACAAUGACCAGACUAGUAAAAGUGUGGACAAGCUUCCUGACAUUCAUCGUCGUGAUUUCGAGUUUAAGUUCACUGUCGGCUGCCUUCGUGGCUCCCUGUUCCGGUCGGAUUCUACCGACCCCCUUCGCGAACAGCUGCUGGCUGAACUCGUUGCUGAAGGAUUUGCAUUAGAAUUCUAUAUGCGACCCUUUGACAUGGUGGCGGAAGUGAUUUUGAAGUCUCUCAGCGUAGAUGACUACAUAGAGGAGAAUCCGGUCCCAGAAUUCAAGAAAAUCAUCUCCUCAACGGGUUUCGAUGCGGACGACAACAAAGAUCUUUUCUAUCUGAAAUUUGUUCGAGUGAAACCCGAGUCCCCAGAGUUUCAUUCAACAUAUGAGGGAGUGGCGAUGAAUCUUGACAUCUCUGUGUCAACCAUCAACCUUGUCGUUACGAGAAAAACGCUCCUGACACUUUUGGACUUCAUUCUUCUCACGUUUACAAACCCACAGCAACCAAGUCAAGGUGCUCAGGCAGAACGCACCGUUGAGGACACCGACUCUGAGGAACAGCAACCACAACAAGAGGGGAAGAUCCGCAUCAAGGCUGACAUGAAGAGUAUUGCUCUGAUCCUAAACAACGACGGGGUUAGACUCGCUACACUCAGUCUUAAUACGGCAGAUGUGGGGAUUUUCCUUGUUGGUCGGACCAUGCUUAUUCAAUCUCGCAUUGGAAGCUUGACAUUGAUAGAUGAUGUCAAUACUGGUGCAAAGAAGAGCUCCGAUCUAAGGAGGCUCCUGACAAUCGAGGGUGACAAUUUUGCCGACUUCAAAUACCAAACUUUUGACUCUGAGAGCUUCGACUACCCAGGCUAUGAUUCAGAAGUCUUUUUAAGAUCGGGAUCGAUCAAGAUCAACUUCCUCGAAGAACCUUAUCGAAAGAUCAUCAAUUUCCUGGUGAAGUUUGGCAAGAUGCAAGCCAUUUUCAACGCUGCCCGACAAGCCGCGGCCAACCAAGCCAACCAACUGCAGGAAAACGCCUCUCGAAUGCGCUUCGACGUGGUUGUUAUGACCCCGAUAUUGGUUUUCCCUGGCACUAUGAGCGAGGAUCGACCGUAUGAUACGGUGACUGCUCACCUAGGUGAAAUAUAUGCCAAAAACACGUUCGUGCCUCUUGAAGAGAAGCCAGACAGUCCCGCCGUGAAUUUAAUAUCCACAGGGAUCCGGAAUAUUCGCCUCACAUCUAAGUUCCAUUACGCUGGGGGUGCUGUAGAAGAGCUCGAAAUGAUCCAAAAGGUCAACCUUGACUUCAGUAUAUGUUACCUUGAGCAUCAGCCGGAUAAUCCACGCCCGGAUAUGGAAAUCGAAGGGACAAUGUCACCCAUUAACCUCCGAGUUUCGCAGAAGCAACUCAAAUUCCUUCUUGACAUAAGCAGGACCGCACCCAAUGCCUUUGUGACUGAUUCCGAACAGCAGGAAUUGGAGGCAAUGGAAGCUCUUCCUUCCCUGACCGAGUCCGGAAAAGAUGCACAAUCCAGCUCUGUUCAAAGUACAAACCAGCAAGCUGUAGCAACUGCAGAUACCAAUGGUAAACAAGAAAGUUGGGUCCGGCUUGACAUGAUCUUCAAAGCAGAUAGCGUGGGACUUGAGCUUAUCCUUGGGAAAGACGACACGCCUAUUGGUAGUCUUGACGAUUCCAGCCUAUCUAAGUUCUCGCUCAAUGACACUCGUGUCAAACUGCGCAUGCUAACAGACGGUGCACUCGAGUCGGAGCUUUUGAUCCAUUCGUUCUCUAUCCGUGAUAGUCGGAAACAGGAGACGAAUAAGUUCAGAAAAAUUAUGUCGCUGAUCAACAACGAUGUCAAGCAGCAGUUCAUGGCUAGCGUCUCUAUAUCACCCGGGCCUGACAAACAGCUUAUCGCGAUGUUGACUAUUGAUAGCCCCAGGAUCAUACUGGCGCUAGAUUACCUUUCGGCACUACAGUGUUUUGCCAACGCUGUUUUUGCCACAAACGAGCCCGUGGAGGAUGAGGAGGAUGAAGAAUCUCUGGAAGAAGAUGAGCCUAGGUCUAGUAUGGCGGACAGCACUGACGCAUCUUUACGCUCGCCCUCACUCGAAGAGGAACGCACGGCACCAAGCCAGAUGGCAAUUUCGUUUAGAGUGAGCCUAGUUGAUGCUCAGAUUAUUACUAUCGCCAACCCCGCAAUUCCUCAUACUGAGGCUAUAGUUCUCGGGGCGAAGGAGGUCCUUUUUUCGCAACAGAAUGUUUCGACCCUUCACGUAAGCAAAGUCGGAAUGUUCCUCUGCCGCAUGGACAAGUUCGAGACGAGCAGGCUUCGGAUUCUGGAUGAUUUCACGCUCGAUUUAUCGAUGGAUAGUCGCCCACAGGACAGAGGCGCAUCACUAACGUCCAUUGAUAUUCACGUCGAACCGCUUGUCUUACGUCUCUCCCUUCGAGAUAUCUUGAUGGCAGUGCAAAUUGUCAAUAAGGCCUCAGAGAUGCGGGCCGAAAGGACUUUGCCGGAUGAAUCUGGCGAGAUUAAAGCGUUACCAGAAAACAAAGGCACAUCUGUUUCGAGGUCGAGAAGGAAGUCAUCGGUUGGCAAACAAACGUCAUCAGCUGCCACGAAAAGGUCGCACCGGCGCUCAAGUGCUGCAGUGAACGCCAUUGAUCGCAAGCCCGUCACCCAACGCUCCGUGAUUUUGAAACGAGAGGAGCUUAAAGCUCAGGUUGAUGGAGCCAGAGUCAUCCUUAUCGGCGAUUUGCAUGAUCUCCCCUUGCUAGAUUGGAGCGUCAAGAAGUUCAAUGUUGAUGCUCGUGAUUGGUCGUCGACUCUUACCGCAGAUACCAGUUUUGACACCUUUGUCAACGUUUACAACUUUUCCAAGUCGGCAUGGGAACCCCUCAUCGAGCCCUGGCAACUGGGCAUUCACAUGGCCAAGGAAGUCCACCCCGAAGUAUUCUCGGUUGACGUGUACUCCCACAAAACGAUGGAGCUGACAGUCACGUCUGCUACGAUAGACCUCGCGUCCAAAUCGUUCAAGUUCUUCAAUACCGAUGAGGAUGUGCUCUCAAAGCCAAGAGGGGCCGAUGCACCUUAUCGGAUCCGCAAUUACACCGGCUUUGACCUCCAUGUUUGGGCUGAUGUUGCUGAAGGAGAGGAAGGACCGGCUGCUAAGCUGGCUGACGGUGAAGAAUAUCCUUGGCGGUUUGAGGACUCGACAUCCAUGCGUGAAACCCUUGCUCCAGAAGGUCAAGCUGGACUCGUCGGCGUAAAGCUGGAAGGUAGUGGAUUCGACAGUGUCACUCGUAUACCCGUUGUUCGGGAAGGCGAGAUGCUGUACAACCUGAAACCCAAAAAGGACGCUGUACUCCAUCGACUCCUAGUCGAGGUCACGCUGGGUCCUGACAAUGUGAAGUACAUUACAAUUCGGUCCCCACUACUUGUUGAGAACAAUACGCAAAUACCGGUGGAACUCGGUAUCUUUAACCCGCAAGACGGCCAUCUUCUGAAGAUCGAGAAGAUACUCCCUGGCGAGGCUAGACCUGCGCCUGUUGGAGCUGCGUUUAUGCAUUCUAUCGUUAUCCGACCCGAUCAGGGCUUUGGAUAUGAUUGGUCGCACGAACAGUUACACUGGAAAGAUCUCAUGCGCCGUCCUACCCGUACCAUCAAAUGCUUGAGCGAGGGCGGACAGCAAGCUCCUCCAUUCUACUUCCAGACCAACGCCACUUUCAAUGCGAAGGACCCACUCACAAAGAUCUAUCCGUACAUGCGGAUCCGGGUCUUCGCGCCUGUUGAGAUUCAGAACCUGCUACCUUACGACUUCAAGUACCGCAUCUAUGACAAGAAUACGAGGAAAGACUGGACAAACUUCCUGCGCAAGGGUGGUGUUAGCCCGGUCCACGUCGUUGAAUUGGCACACCUCUUAUUGCUCAGCGUUGACCUCGAGGAUACGGUAUUCAAACAAAGCGACUUUUCCAUUAUCAACGGGAAUGCGCAUGAUUUCAGGAGAGAGCAUACCUUGUCUUUGAAAGAUGAGCGGGGCCUGUCACUGAAAUUGAAACUGCAUUUCUACAAUGUACCGGACAGUGGAGGGGCGUUCAGAGUCUCGGUGUACAGCCCAUAUCUCAUAUUGAACAGGACAGGUCUUACGAUGGAGGUGCAAAGCAAGGCUUUUAUGCAAUCUGCUCGCUCCGCAGCGGGGCAAGGUCUAAGGGCCGAAGCUAGCACGAGGCAAAGACGGGUUCGUCCGUACAUGUACUCAUAUCCUACAGAAGACCAGAAGAACCGAUCCAUACUAAGGGUAGGCGAUUCUUCUUGGAGCAAACCGCAAAGUUUCGAAGCUAUUGGAAGCACUUUCGAAGUUGUCCUUCCCGACACUGAUGGUAGAUCAGAAUACCAUGCGGGUGUGUCGGUCGCAGAAGGUGAAGGGAAAUACAAGCUGACCAAGAUCGUCACAAUCGCACCUCGCUUCGUGUUGAAAAACAAGCUUGAGGAGGACAUUCUCGUCAGAGAACCAGGCUCUUCGAACGUCACAAACAUCAAAGGUGGUGAUCUGGUACCUCUUCACUUUUUGCGCCAGACUGGCGAGAAGCAGCUCUGCCUCUGUUUCCCUGGUGUGAACAACCAGUGGUCCUCCCCGUUCAAUAUCGCAGAUAUUGGAACGGUACAUGUCAAGCUGGCCAGACAGAACCAACGACAACGGCUGAUCAAGAUUGAUGUCAUUAUGGAAGCUGCCACCCUUUUCGUCCAUCUAAGUCUCGAGAACCGCAACUGGCCAUUCUCCAUGCGCAACGAGAGUGAUAUCGAUUUCAUGUUUUAUCAGGCGAAUCCGAACUUGGAAGAUGAUGAGGAAGACCGGACGAAUACCUGGAGACCGAUCCGCUACCGUCUACCUCCUCGCAGUAUCAUGCCGUACGCCUGGGAUUUCCCUGCGACCAAGAACAAGUCCCUGGUGUUGGCGUGCAAGGGCAAAGAGCGGCGCAUCAGGCUUGCCGAGAUCGGAAACUUGAUACCUAUGAGGAUUCCACCCGCCCAGCAUGGAGAGCCGCAAAAGAUCAUUGACAUCAACAUUGUUGCGGAUGGACCUACACAGACUUUGGUUCUAUCGAAUUUCAAACCAUCGAAGAGUAUAUACCGACAGCAGAGAUCGCAGACCUCUCAGACAAGCGUAAAUACUGGGUUUGAAGUCAAGGAGUUCGACUCGGACGUCAACUUCAAGGCCCAGCUUCAUCUUGGUGGUAUUGGCAUCUCUUUGAUCAAUCAAAAGAUGAAGGAGCUGCUUUACAUGACGUUCCGUGAUAUCGAGGUCAAGUUCAAGGAGUCCAAGGCGUAUCAGACGCUGAACACCACCAUCAAAUGGAUUCAGAUUGACAACCAACUCUACGGCGGAAUUUUCCCAAUGCUGCUGUACCCCAGUGUUGUUCCGAAGACCGGCAAAGAAAUGGAGGCCCAUCCCAUUUUCCAUACUAUGAUUACCCGCGUCAAGGAUGACUCGUAUGGUGUACUUUACAUAAAGUAUGCCACACUGCUUCUCCAGCAGAUGACACUCGAACUGGACGAGGACUUCAUUAUGGCUAUGCUUGACUUCACAAAAGCGUCCGGUGCAGCUUGGUCUGGAAAGAACGAAGACAAACUCUGUGAAGAAGAAUUGAAUAUUCCGGAGCCACAGACAGAAGGCCUUGCCCAGGAUGUAUACUUUGAGCUCCUGCAUCUGCAACCUAUGCAGCUUGAUAUUUCCUUCAUGCGCACUGAAAGAGUCAAUGUUGAGGAUACAUUGCAGCCUUCCAACCCCUUGAUGUUUAUUGUCGAUGUGAUGACAAUGUCAAUGGGCAAUGUGAAUGAUGCGCCUAUCAAGUUAAAUGCCCUGAUGAUAGAGAAUGCACGUGUCUCGUUCCCUGUCCUCGCCACCAACAUCCAGAGGCACUACACCCAGGAAUUUAUCCGGCAAAUUCACGUUGUUCUCGGAUCUGCGGAUUUCCUUGGAAAUCCUGUUGGUUUGUUCAAUACCGUCAGCUCUGGAGUGGCGGCGAUCUUCUACGAGCCGUACCAAGGCCUCGUGAUGACAGAUCGGCCGCAAGAGCUAGGUUAUGGUAUUGCUAAAGGCUUUGGGAGCUUCGCGAAGAAUACUGUCUUUGGUUUUUCGGAUAGUAUUUCUAAGCUCACAGGUAGCAUGUCGAAAGGCCUUGCUGCUGCAACGCUUGACAAGGAAUUCCAGAAUGAAAGACGGAUGUCUAAGACUCGCAAUCGGCCAAAGCAUGCACUGUACGGCAUUACGGCUGGUGGUAGAGCAUUCGGAAACAGUAUUGUCAGUGGCAUUGAGGGCAUCGCGCGGCAUCCACUCCAUGGCGCAGAGAAAGAAGGUAUCCAAGGAUUUUUCAAGGGUGUCGGAAAAGGUUUCCUUGGGUUGGCUACCAAGCCAGCCAUUGGCGCCUUUGAUCUUGCUUCCAAUCUUGCGGAAGGUGUACGAAACACCACAACGGUGUUUGAUGCAGAAGGCCUCGAUCGAGUUCGCCUUACCCGCUUUGUCGGCAUGGACGGCAUCGUCCGGCCAUACUCCCAGCGGGAAGCGCUCGGCCAGCUCUGGCUCAAGACAGCCGAUGACGGAAAGUACUUCAAUGAGGAUUACAUCGCCCAUCUCGAACUUCCCGGGCGCGAUAUGCUUAUUAUGUUGACCUACGACCGAAUCAUGCUCGUGCGUAGUAAGAAGCUCGAGACCGAUUGGGACAUACGAUUGACGGACAUACAAACCAUCUCCAAAGAGCGCACUGGUAUGAGCAUCAUGCUCAAGGGUGGCGCCAAUGGACCGUUCAUCCCUGUACAAGAUGAGAGUGCACGGAACUGGCUGUAUAGACAGAUUGCCAUUGCUGUCAAUGCAUUCAACGAGAAAUACACCAACAGGGCAUGA